AUGAAGGUUGCAUUCGUUUUAUUUUGCGCUUUUGCUUUGGCUGCUGGAGCGAGAGUUCCACGGGAUGAAAAAUACAGCACCAAAUACGAUAACAUCGAUUUGGAUUCAAUUUUGAAAAACGAUCGUUUGUUGCAAAACUACGUCAACUGUUUGUUGGACAAGGGAACUUGCACCCCAGAAGGAACCGACCUCAAAAAAGUACUUCCGGACGCUUUAGAAAACGCUUGUGCCAAAUGUAGUGAAGCUCAAAAAAGAGGAGCCGAAAAAGUUAUCAGACAUCUUCUUGAAAACAAAAAGGAUGUUUUCACUCUUUUGGAAGCUAAAUACGAUCCAAACGGUGUCUACAGAAAGAAGUACGAAGCUGAAGCCCAAAAAAGAAAAAUCCAACUUUAAAUUUAACAUAAACAACAGCAUAAACAACAUAAACAACAACAUAAACAACAGAAAUUAA